CGGAGUGGUAGGGCUCCAGUCGUGUUUGAGAAGGCGUCUGUGACGAUAUUGGCGUCAAGACGGAAGGCGUCACUGAUUGUUCAGAUACGAAUGGUUCUUGGCUUGAAACUGUGAGGACAGCAGACGAGGCCGGUACCUAGAGGGAGAACAAUGAUAUGUCGAAAGACUGAAGUCGGCCAUCUUUGUCCACGAUAAGUAGCAAACUAAAACAAUCGAAAAGAGGCUAAGUAUCCGUCCUAGACAAAACCACAUACUUCCUGUUUGUUAACAAAUAUAAAUUUAAAAUUUAUAAUUAAUUCCUCUCACAAACAGAGCUGGAAGCUAGGAAACAACUGAAAAAUGCAGAACAUACCAAAUUUGCUGUGCUUCAUUAAGACUGUUGCUUUGUUGUCCUUAUUACUACGAACUUCAAUAUACAGCGGAGCUGCGACUGUGAAUUCAACGCCCUCUAAAUUCAUAACGACAUUAAGAGGAACGGUAACAGCAAGCACGACACCGGAAAGUUCUGCAGCUAACCCUCAAACUGCCUCCUCCGUGAUCAACACGUUACAAACAACAUGGCCACCUGCACCAACGAGUACAGCAGAGCCGACUGCGAGUGUAGUGACCAUAGCCAACAGUAUUGGGACGACUGCAGCGCAGCAACCACAGCCUUCUGCACACCGCAUCCCUUCAAGACUUGAAGAGAAGCUGGAGUCUCUUUCCUGUGACAUUCCCCCGCUGCCCACAGAGUCCAGGCUCUGGAGAGGAAACGAGACGCACGAACUGAUGCUGCCAAUUACGGUGCAGCCGGACUGUGAGGGUGAAGACAACGACGAAGCGGAGUCCGCCCCGGCGUCUGUUAGCUGGGAGGGGAGCGCCGAGAUGCAGAGCGGCGACAUUCUACUCGUCCGGAUAGACGACUCCAGGCUCGUGGGGCAGGCGGCGCCUCAGCGGGGAGCACCCACUGUAGACAGGCGGCAGCCGGAGACGGCGGUGUACGGGGUGACCCGGCCAGGCUAUGAUCAUUGUGACGUCACAGAGGGAGUUCUCCUCGACAUCACACCGCUGCUGGUUGACGGCCGCAAAGUUGUCACCCUGUAUGACAAGGAUCUGACGGAAGGCAUCAAUCUGCUCAUCGUGGUUUCGGCCCGGUGGGGGACGGAAUGUGUGCGCCUGCGCGUCGUGGUCAAGUCAGACAACUGUGGAGAGGGGCAGGACUGUUCUGGCAAGGGAGUCUGCUUCUCCAACAUCUCAAUGGAUGGGUACGAGUGCCAGUGUUGCCCCGGCUACGUGGGCCCGCACUGCGAGGAGCGCGAUGGCUGCUACCCAGGUCCGUGCCGUAACUCUGGCAUCUGCGUGGACAUCUCGCAGGGCCGCGAGGGCAGCACUUUCCAGUGUCUCUGUCCUUACGGUUACGCAGGCAAAACGUGCCAAGAAGAAACAGAUCCCUGCGCCUCGUCGCCAUGUCAGAAUGGGGGCACAUGCGCACGCAAUGGGACGCAAUUCCGUUGUGACUGUGGUCCCGGAUUUGGUGGACCCCUGUGCCAACAUAACCUGAACGAAUGCGUCUCCUCACCAUGCGUGCAUGGAAUCUGCGUGGGGCAGCAAGAUGGCUACCGCUGCUUUUGCCAACCAGGAUUCGCCGGCAGGUACUGUGAGUACGAGUACAACGAGUGUGAGUCGUCGCCUUGCAUCAAUGGCGGGACAUGCAUGGAUCACAUCGGCAGUUACACGUGCAUCUGUGGACGAGGCUACACGGGCAAGCGCUGUCACGUCAAGAUUGACCUGUGUGACCCGAACCCGUGUCAUGACCACCACUACUGCGUGGACCGUGGCAACAACUAUUCCUGCGAGUGCCCUAAGGGGUUCGCGGGACCUGACUGCCUCGUUCCAUCAAGAGCCGCGUGCAGUGUGAAUCCGUGUCGUCAUGGGGGGACGUGCUGGAGCAGUGUGGAUUCAUUCUACUGUGCCUGCCGACCCGGCUACACAGGCAAGACGUGCCAAGAAGAAUUCGUGCUGGAAGCGAUCCCCAAGGCCUUGCCCAGCAGCAGGGACGGCCAGCUGGAUCUCCAAAUGCCCAUCUCCAUCCAUCUGGACCACCUGCACAACGUUUUCAUUGCGGCGGGAACACUCGCGUGUGCUGUCAUCAUCGUCGUCAUAACGGUGGCGGCGUGUCACUGCAGGGUGCAUGAGACCUACAAGCGCUGCUUUCCCAGCGCCGCUCCGCUGCUGCCUUGUAAAGCCUCGCGCCUCGAAGAGGUCGUCAAGCCGUGCAGCUCCAGAAACAGGUCCACAACCCUCGAACAGGAGAAGGAGAAAACCUCAUCAUCAAAUCGAUCCUUGCCAUCCCUUGACACAACUGAGAUGUAUUACACUCUGGACUUCAGUGACAGCCAGAGUGCUCCUCUCAUUCAGUAGAGGGACAGUUGAACCCUACUUUCCUGAUAUGCUUAGGAAGCACAGAACAAUCAAUUUGAAACUCGCACUGUUCAUUAAUUUUUUGACAAAAGUUUCACACUUCUUUCUUGUCCAAAAUGCUAAUAUUAUGCAAUUCAUAACUUUGUAAAAUCUUAGAAUAGUUUUUAGCACUUCAUUUCAGGGUUCCUAAAGUUGAUGUCUGAAUAAUAUGACCAAAUGUGUCCAAGAAAUUGAAAAACAGGGUAUCCAGAAAGUCACUGAGCCCAUACUAUCAACCUUUAUCACACAAAAAUACAAAGUAUUAGCAAUAUAUUCCACUACGGACAUAUGACUUUGAACCAUUCACCAGCCAUGUCAAUUGUGCAAAAACAGAAACAUGUACAGGAUUCAUUAUUACUUUAAAUAUUGACCUUAGAUAUAGAGAAGCCAUAUAGGUUAUUCUUUCCGGAUUGUUGUGUUCUGGACUAAUGAACACCACGCUAACUGAGAAGAUGCACAAGGUUCUGAUCUGGAGUGAAAUUCUGUUGCAGAGGAACAUGAUAUCCUUUGUGAAUAUGUUGCAAUGUUAUGGCAAAUAUUGGUAAAAUUAAAUCGAAAGCAACGGCAAAAUUUUCCCCAUGCAUAAGUACUAUGUCAUCAAGACAUAUAUUUGUAUGUAUUCAGAGACACUGACAGUAGAAAGAGGUGAAUGAUCAGCUUUGCAUUUUGACUGGUUUAUGGGCUGUGUGACUUUUCAUUCACUCUGGAUAAGGCAGAUAACUUAAGGGUUCAUCAAAGCACAUCAGAGGAAUGAAUAAUACAUCACUUCAUUCUGUUUAUGUGCCAAAGUCAUGUUGAAUCUGUCUAUAUACAAUAUGUAGCUUAGGACAAAUCAUCAUUAUGUUAUGUCACCAUGCUCAACUUAUAGUGACUGAUGUUAACAAUAAUCGUUCUGAAAUAAUGUUCUUAAUAUAGAAUUUUUAUUGUUAUUUACUGUUUUCACUGUUAUAUUGUAAACUACAGUAUAUAUUAUUGCAGUAGCUUCAUGGUUUGCUCCCAUCUCAAGACCUUUGUUAGGAAAUUAAAACAUGACAAUCACAUCAGAUAAAUCAGUCUGAAGACAUCAGAGCAACUGCCUGUUUUAGGCAAGUCUGUCACUUUGCUCGGCCACUUGGCGGUAGUUGAGGUGAGAAACAGGGCAUUAAUGGCAGAAAAUGUGACUUUUUAUUCCUGAAAAAUUCAAAUAUAAGGGUGACAAAAAUUCAGAAACAUUUUCUACACUCCUGGAUCUUUGGGGACCGGAAGUGAAAUGGUUACUAUAAAAAUACAUGUUUGAUCUCACCGAACAGUACUUCUGUCAAAAUCAAUUCUGCAAUAAACACACUUCACUGCAUUGCUCCAAGCAAGCAAGUCAAGGAAUCUUUUGAAUUGAAACAUGUAAGGCGAAUGAGGACUGAAGUGUUGUAAACUCCUAUGUCACACUGGACUGAACAUUUCAUUAGCUACUCUGUAAGUCAAGGAAAGUAUAGAAUAUUUAUUACAAACGGGGAAAAAUGAGUUCCAAAAAUUGAGCAAUAUAAUAAUGUUUGUCUAAGUAAACUUAUAGAAUUAGGUAAUUUUGAACACAAUUUUACACCCAGGACCAUAUACAGAGAGUAAGGAGUGACAGUUCAGUCACGACCAAAAAAAAAAAAAACUUUGGGCAACAAAAAUAGGAUUUCUUUUUUUACAAAAUUCAGAUACAAAAGAAAGGUUUUAUGAUGGAGAAACCAAUGACAACAGAACCUUUGAUUUGUACUCUUUGUAAGAAAUUAAAGUUUUUUUUUUUUUUUUUUUUUUUUUUUUUUUUUUUUUU